UUCCCUGUCUAUGUACGACUCUGGUCUCUGUAUGAAAAAACACAGUUUCAAUACGUCCAAACAUGAAGUGCAUGGUGUCGUUGUUGCUGACGGUGAUGUACGUCGUGUGCUGCCAGCUCCAGGUAACGUUGGGUUCAGAUGUGUUCCUCGUGAAGGCUGUGUCGUCACAGAGAGUGUGUGACCGGCUGUGCGUCUACACGUCACAGUGCGAGGGGUAUCGUUGGGAUGCUGCUACCAGAACUUGUCACCUUCUUUCAACACAACCUUCAUCUACUGACUCCGGCUUCUCAAAACCUGAGCCUCACAAUGGACAAUGUGGACGGCGCCCGUGCGCCCCGACGGAGACGUGUGUUCCUAUUGAAGCAGCAACUGCAUACAUCUGUCUGGAGACGACGUUGCCGACUUUAUCUUCUGCUGCUCCAUCUACGUCAACUACAACUUCUGUGCCUGCUAGGACAACAACCACCAACACAUCUCCAAGCGUAACUACUACUUCCGUUCCGUCAUCUACAACCACCACCAAAACUACCACCACACCCACGACGUCGAGAAGUACCACGACAACGGUUGCGACCACGACACAAGCAUCCUGUGUCUCGGACUGCACUGGUCUGGGCAAUGGGAACUACCAGUCGUGUGAACGGUGCGACGGCUUCGUGGUAUGCACUAAUGGAAACAAAUACCACAGUCCAUGCCCCGCUGGUUUACUGUGGAAUGAUAACAAGAAAAACUGCCUGCAUCCUCCGUCAACUACCUGUUUCCUGAAUUAAAAGAACUUUUAAACGCCGAGUGGAACACAACACAGUCAGUUUUUACUCCAUGUACCCAACACCAAUCUCGAUUAUCAGCUGAAAUAUGUUCCCCAGGGAGUAACAACCAUCACUCAGACCCCUUGUAUUUUAGUAGCUAGAAGUGAGUGAGUUUACUUUUACGCCGCACUCAGCAAUAUUCCAGCUAUAUGGCUGCGGUCUCGAAA